AUGAAUACAUGCAUCAUAUUACCCAACAUGAUUGUUGAAGAUGAACGUGCAACAUAUGGUGUAAAUUUUGAUUUUUCUUAUGAUCAUUUGUGUAAUGAUGCGACAAUAUUAUUGAAUGAUUCUAAUAUUGAUUUUCAAGAGUUCCUGCGUAGAAGAUUUGAUAUUCGUGAUAAACAAGUUCAUCGACACCUUCAACAAGACUUGAUAGAACAUAUAUGGCAAUGUUAUGGACAUGAGAAUAACAAUAAUUGA